AUUAAUGAAAUUUCACAGAUAGCAUUGGUUAUAUUCGUGCAUGUUUGGUUGUUCUUCUUGCUACCGGCCGCUACGGACCGGAUGUUUGUUUCGAGUUUUCCGUGUAAAUUAUUCUACUUCACCAAAGUCGUCUAUUUUCUCAUAUCCGCUAAACAGAUCCAGGCUGGAUAUCCCAAGCGAAGUUUGGGAAAUAUUAUCACAAACUCCUAUACAUUGCUCAAUUGGAUCUUAUACAAAGUAUUCAUGUUGAUCCCAUUUCUGUUCGAACUUCGUGCACUGAUGGACUGGAUGUGGAUGGAUACAGCGUUGGGUGUUGGGGACUGGUUUAUGUUGAAUGAUAUCUAUUCACAUGUGUCCAUGAUCAAAUGUGAACGAAAUAUUGAAGAGGAUUAUCCAUCACCGAAAGGUGUCAAGAAACGACCUAUACUGAAGUAUGGCUUAGGUGGUAUACUGCUAACGGCAAUUAUUCUCGUCAUUUGGUUUCCGUUGGUUAUAUUCUCGAUGGCGAACACGGUUGGUACAAGAAGUUUACCGGUGGAAUGUACUUGUAAGUUGACCAUCGCUGGAUUUGAGCCGUUAUUCAAGUCAACUGCACAAUUGAGUGAUAUACGAGAGUUAACCUAUGAAGAGUAUGAUGCAUUCCAAUACACGUAUCGAACUAGCAAGCAAGCGCAAGCGUAUAUGGCCGACUACACGAACUUGGAUGUUGUGCAAGCGAAUAUCAACGGGAAUUCCUCGUCCCGUUGGAGUAUAUCACCACCGUCGAGGACUGCUCUCAUCCAAGAUCUUCGUGGCCAUCAACGAAUGAGUCUCAAGUUCGAAUGGUACUUCAAAAGAGCACCCGACGAGAAUCUGCAGUUCGGAACAGCGGAAGAUUUUCGAGUGAUUGACUUAGAGCCCGGCCAUUCGAUACGACUUGAUCUUGCCGCAGUGAUCGCUGGUGAAUCCAAAAAGCAGAUUCGAAUACCCAACUUGUUAAUACCUAUGGUUGAAGUGCCCGGUGAAGGCAAAUCCGACCAUGUGCAUGCAUUGCUCAGCGUUCAUCUGAAGAAUGAGGAAGAUCCGAUUGAAUCGACAUUUUAUGACGCGGUGUUACAAUUGGAUUCGAUGGACGGAAUUGAGUGGUGGAAACUUCGUAUGGUUGAUCCACAGUUCGAUCCGAUGAUCCCGAAGGAGGAAAUUAUUCUCGAUAAUGUAAUCAUCUACGCUUUCGUCGAUAAGGUAUUUCCGGUCACCUUCAGCAUAAUAACUGGUGGAGGCAUCCUCAGUCUUUACCUCUCAAUGGUGCUUGUUUUUGGACGUUUAAUGCGUAAUAUUGUGACCGGUUCUAUGCAGGUGCUGUAG